UUGCUCGAGAAGGCUUGAAAAACGCGUCGUCAACGUGUAUGUGUGUAUGGCCGUAUAUAAGCCACUUAUUACCACGCUCGUCUUCUCACAGCCAGAAUCGCUAUUUACACUCAAUUUUUUCUGGGGUUUUCCUGCGCCGACUCCUGUAUAUCGUCCACCUUCCACUGGUUUUGAUCAGAAUAUAUCUGAGAAACUAUGAAGAAGAAAAUGGUGUUGAAGGUUCAGAUGAAAUGCCAGAAAUGCAGAACCAAGGCACUUCAGACCGUCUCCGAAUCAGAUGGUGUAAACUCUGUGGCAAUUCAAGGAGAAGACAAGGACAAGGUGGUGGUGGUUGGGGAAGGAGUUGACGCAGUGCUUCUGGUCAACCGUUUAAGAAAGAAGGUCGGUCCGACUCAGAUUAUUAGCCUCGAAGACUUGAAGUAAAACCCAU